CAGGUGCUUCAGUCAAAGUGAAGAGCCAUAGCAACACUCUGGUUCUCAGGUCACUUUCAGAAAUGUCUCGCGAUUACUUUGGAUUCUCCUUUAUAAGGAGCAAUGCAAGAAACAGCACAUCUAACGUUGUCCUUAACAAUGCAGCGGACAUCUCUGUUAUUGUGGUGUACUUUCUGGUUGUCCUGGCUGUUGGAGUAUGGGCUAUGGUUCGCACCAAUCGAUCCACAGUUGGUGGAUUCUUCCUUGCAGGGAGGAGCAUGGUGUGGUGGCCGAUUGGAGCGUCUCUCUUUGCCAGCAACAUUGGCAGUGGCCACUUUGUGGGGAUUGCUGGGACUGCUGCCGCUGCAGGAAUAGCCAUUGGUGGAUUUGAAUGGAAUGCUCUUAUUGUGGUCGUCAUUCUGGGAUGGCUCUUUGUGCCAAUCUAUAUUAAAGCCGGGGUGGUCACCAUGCCAGAGUACCUGAAGAAGAGGUUUGGAGGACAGCGCAUUCGCAUCUAUCUUUCUGUGCUGUCUCUCUUCCUGUACGUUUUCACCAAGAUCUCAGCGGACAUGUUCUCUGGUGCCAUCUUUAUCAACCAGGCUCUUGGGUUGAACAUCUACCUUGCUGUUGUCCUACUCCUUUUGAUUACAGCACUAUACACUGUCACAGGUGGACUGGCUGCAGUGAUCUACACAGACACCUUACAAACCAUCAUUAUGCUGGUCGGAUCAUUCAUCCUCAUGGGCUUUGCGUUCCAUGAGGUGGGGGGCUAUGAGCAGUUCCAGGAGCGCUACAUGAAUGCCGUCCCUUCAGUGACAGCCAACAUCAGUGAGAGCUGCUACCAGCCCCGACCAGACUCCUUUCAUAUUUUCAGGAAUGCUAUAACAGGAGACCUGCCGUGGCCCGGCCUGGUGUUCGGACUCACCAUUCAGGCCGCUUGGUACUGGUGCACUGAUCAGGUGAUUGUUCAGCGCUGUCUCUCAGCCAAGAAUUUAUCCCAUGUUAAGGGAGGCUGUAUCUUGUGUGGAUACCUAAAGCUGCUGCCCAUGUUCCUGAUGGUUUUCCCUGGGAUGAUCAGCAGGAUCCUCUAUCCAGAUGUGGUGGCCUGUGUGGACCCAGACGAAUGUCAAGCAUAUUGUGGAGCCAGUGUGGGUUGCACUAACAUCGCUUAUCCCAAACUGGUGGUGGAUCUGAUGCCCAAUGGUCUGCGAGGUCUUAUGCUGUCUGUGAUGCUGGCCUCUCUGAUGAGUUCUCUUACCUCCAUCUUCAACAGUGCCAGCACCCUCUUCACCAUGGACAUCUACACUAAAGUUAGACGUUCUGCCAGUGAGAAGGAACUCAUGAUUGCUGGCAGGGUGUUUAUCUUGGUCCUGAUUGGUGUGAGUAUAGCGUGGAUCCCUGUGGUCCAGUCGGCCCAGAGCGGUCAGCUCUUCGACUAUAUCCAGUCUAUCACCAGUUACUUCGCCCCACCCGUUGCAGCUGUCUUCAUGCUGGCCAUCUUCUGCAAACGCGUCAAUGAGCCAGGUGCAUUUUAUGGCAUGAUUAUUGGCUUGUGCAUCGGCCUUUCCAGGAUGAUAACAGAGUUUGUUUAUGGGACCGGCAGCUGUGUCAGCCCCAGUGACUGUCCCACCAUCAUAUGUGGGGUCCACUACCUCUACUUCUCUAUCAUCUUGUUUGUUAUUUCCUGUCUCAUCAUCGUGGGAAUUUCUCUCGUGACCAAACCCAUAGAUGACAAACAUCUCUAUCGACUGUGUUGGAGCUUGAGGAACCGGGAAGAAGAGCGGGUGGACCUUGAACAGGAUGACUGGGUUGACAAUACUAAUUCUAUGGACAUAGAAGAACCUGAGGAGGAGCUUGGUUUCUGUAAGAAGGCAGUGAUGUGUUUCUGUGGCCUGGAGCAGAAAAAAGCCCCCAAGCUGACUCCAGAAGAGGAGGAAGAACUGCAGAAGAAACUUACAGACACCUCAGAGGUUCCUCUAUGGAGGAACGUUGUCAACGCCAAUGCCAUUAUCCUUCUAUGUGUAGCUGUUUUCCUUCAUGGCUUCUUUGGUUAAAGAAACUUGACUCUUUCUAUUUACACGACGCCAUUUUUUAUGGAUGUAAUUUAUGACACAUAACCUGUUCAGAAAAUUCUGUAAAAUACCACAUUUUCAUGUAAAUACCCCUUUUAAACUUGUUAUUCCAGUAUGUACUGUAUGUUGUUAACUCAUUAACAGCACAUAUUUUUAAUACAACUUUACAAGUAAUAUUUUGUUGUUGAGCACAGGCCUCAUUUAAGUAUUUACUGUAAAUCAAACUCUAAACUCUUAUUGCCGUAUUGAAUUACAGGUGACCCAUAAAUACUUAUUUCAUCUCAUACCAACCAGUCAAGGCAGAGGGCCGUCCACCUUAAACUUGCCUAUGCUGGACCUUCCUUCCACUAAAGACAGCUCUUCCUCUUGACCUAAUGCUGCUCGAGGGAAUUUACCAACAAAUGUCUUCUAGUAAAGCUUUGUAUAAAAUGUAAAAUUUGAAAUGACAAAUAAAAAGCCUUUAAGCCUUAAA